GAGCUAAAUAUAGCCCAACCAAACGCCUGCAUACACAUGCACCACACAAACUGUGUGUGACCUCACAGGAUUCGGCUUACUCCACUUGUACAUUGUUUUUCUGUCAGCUGUUAAAUAAUUUUUUGGCUUGAUUCAUGUCCAACCACAAGAUGGGAAUCUGAACCAACAGUGCUUGGUGAACUAAUAUAACUAAUAAUGGUUCAUGUAAACACCUCUUCAUAGAAGGUGACCUAAACAUCUAGAAUGACUCCUUAGUGCCGCCGACACGGUUUUAAAGGAAUGGGACUGUCAGAUAACUCUGUGACUGGCCGAGGCCUGAACAGCCCUGAUCCACUGGUGCGCGAGGCCUAUCUCAUGGCCUACGACUAUAUAAGUUAUGUAACGGCUCAACCAGGCGUCCCACCCGGUCCUGCGCCGUCCCGAGUCACGGCCGCUCUGCGUCACGCAGGUGAUGAACUGCUCACCCGCUUCCCCAUCUUCUUCCGCCGGUGGCCACGUGUCUUUCAAGACGUGACGGAGGAGACGGCAUGCUCGGCCCUCGUUUCCAUCCUGGAUGAGCAUUUUGCACCUACAAGGCGUAGAGAUCUCGCCUGGAGUGCCGUGCUGUCCGUGUUUGUUCUGGCCGGUCAACUGGCUCUACACUGUCAGGAGAGAGGCAUGACUGCUGUACUUCCUGAGAUUCAGGAGUGCGUGGGCAGUUAUGUAGAGAGGGUCGUCUGUCCAGAAAUUAGGGACAAAGGAGGAUGGUCAGGUUUUGUCAGCCGUUUUGGAGAGAAACAAAAUCUUGAAGAUCAGGUGAAGAAGGUGUGUUGCUGGUCCCUGCUCUUGCUUUGUGUUGGGAUCCUAACCUACUUUGUAUGGACAAGGAGGAAAACUUAGAUCACAGCGCCAUCUGCUGGGACUACAUUGUCAUGAGGACACUAUCUGCAACUCCAUGAUGGUUUGGGUGUGGUUGUACACAUAAAGAGAUGGUUUACCUAAAAAAGAACAUAUUUUGAGGGAUGUUUGCAACCAAACCGUAUUGGAGCACCUUUAACUUUCAAUUGUAUUUUUCCUACUAUGAAAGUCAAUGGUGCUUUUGCUUCCUGAUUGAUUACAAAUAUCUUCCUUUGUGCUCAGCAGAACAAAGACAUGUAUACAGGUUUGUGAUUAAAUGACAGAAUUGUAAUUUUGGGGUGAACUAUCCCUUUAAAGGGAACAUGUAUAUACUACAUGCAAUUUAUAUUAAUGGUGUUGAAAAACAGAAAAUAAAUUUCCCUGCAUUUGUUUUGCAUUCGA